CUUCUGUCCGCCAUAUCGCAUCGACUCUGUCGCGGUCGGCACAAUGUAGGACCUUCGUCAACGACGCAAAGCACAACUAGCAUCAUGCUCCAUCACGCUUAUCUUUCUGGUGACUUUACCAAAUUCAAAGGCCUUGUUGGCAAAUCUGGCAGCACCUCCCAUUUCGCCACCGAGUCAUCAGGCAGCUACACAUCCUCGCCGUUCCAGCAUGCUGGCAGCCUGCCGAAGUCAAAAUCUCAAGUAGCGUCAGACGUCAAUCAAGUCGAUUUCGAGGGCCGCACUGUCCUACACUUGGCAGCAAGUGAUGGAAGAGUGGAUUUCGCCAAACAAUGUUUGCUUGAUGAUACGGUCGACAUCACAAAAGGCGAUGACGAGUCUGGUUGGACUGCAUUGCAUCGUGCAUUGUACUGCGGUCGUAUUGAGAUUGCUGUAGCCAUUUUGGCUCAUUCGCCGCUACGAGACGGCGCCGUGCACAAAGGAGCCCUCCUGGCAACAGAUCACGAAGGUAACUCGGCAUUCGAUGUGUAUAACGCGACAGUGCCUGGUGUCAGUCCAAAUCUGUUCAAUAGGCAACGAGGUGGAUCGGAUCUAUUCACGUUCGGCUCCAACGUCAAUCACACCUUGUGUUUUGCCGAUUCUGACGACCGAGCCUAUCCUGAGCGCGUCGCCAUCAAGAGAUUGCCUGUGCAGGGCGAAGGCAUACAGAAAUUUCGAGGGAACCGUAUUCGAGAUGUGUCUAUGCAAAAGCUACACACUCUUGUGCUGACAAACGAUGCCAUCAACAACUUGUAUACGUGUGGCUUUGCAAAUCAAGGCCGACUUGGUAUUUCUGGAUCCACACAAUUCACACUCAAGCCCAUUGCCCUACCCGGACAGGCUGUUGCGAUUGCUGCUGCUCAAGAUCAUUCACUAGCUUGCCUAUCGAAUGGGGAUGUCUACACAUGGGGUGCCGCUCGAUAUGGCCAGCUAGGCUAUGAACUGGAGUCCAAGAGUCCGGAUGCCUUCAAUCCUGAGCCAAGAAAGAUCAUGAAGCUCGCCAAGGAACGUGUUCUCGGUGUGGCAGCGUCACAAGUUCAUUCGGUGUGCUUUACUGAGGACACCCUCUAUACUUGGGGCCUGAAUGAGGGUCAACUCGGCUUCGAGAUUGUGGCUUCUGAAGGCCGGACAGUCAACUCACCGCGAAAGGUGUCUGCGGUCAAAGAACCCAUCCUGCAAGUGACUGCGAAUCGCCGUGCAACUGUUUGCCUAUUGGCUACUCGAGAAGUUCUCGUCCUCGUCAAUUAUGGCUAUUUCAGGCUGCCUCUGCAACUUGAUCGCACAUCCACGCUCAUGUCGACCUUCCGUCCGAAGAGUCAAGCCGCCUGCGAAGUCGUCAAAGUUGCAAGCGGAGGCCAGCUCUUUGCAGUCUUGACCAGCAUUGGCGAUGUUUUCACCUUCUCCGUGGAGAGCGUGUCGACGGAUAUGAAGCCUGUGCAGAUGGCUAAACAAGUCAAGAUCCUGCGAGCUUGGGCUCUGCGCAAAAACCAUCUUGCCGCUCGUGAUGUCGACGUUGGACAAGAUGGACAGCUUAUUAUUUGCACAGGAAGUGGCCUCGUCUUCACCAGAUCACUUCGCAAGGGCAACAAGCACAGAGCUGAUCCGUCUUCCAGGGACUACAAAUACAGCCGAGUGCCGAGAAUCACUCGAAUCGUUCAAGUUCGCGCGAGCGAGUACGGCGCCUUCGGCUUGAUUCGGGAUGAUGUAGAAGUCUUGCCAGUCGCCGUGGAUUCUCCAACGUUGAGCGAAGAUCUCUUGUGUUGCCUCCCAUACGCAGAUGACAUUCUUGAGGAUGAGGAUUCAGAGGAAGAGGCUCAGAGCGAUGCUGGGAGUGAUGCAGGAAGCGUCACGAAAGUUCCUAAACACGUUCUCAAUGGUCAAGCCAUGGUCAAGGCUCUUGAUUUUGUUGAUCAGUGGAGUCAUGAAGUAGACGGCCCGGAGUUGUCAAUCAGCCUCGGCGUGAAGCAAUUCCCCGUGUCAAAGGCUUUGCUUUGUGCCAGAUCACCAGUACUCAAAAGCUUGCUUUUGUCUGACGGUGUCCACCAUGGUAUUUCGUUUGACGGUACCCACGUCAAGAUUCAUGGUCAGUACUCGUUCGUCGCCUUGGUCAUUGUUCUGCACUGGCUACACACGGAUCUACUUCUCAUCACCUGGACUGGUGGUCCCUAUCAUCAACCUGCGCACCUAAAGAAUGUUCGAGAGGAUGUGCUCAAGCUCUCGCAGCUUUUGCAACUCAAGGCGUUAUCAAAGGCAUUAGCAUCGUCGUUCGUGAACGCGCCAAAGGCAUCUCUUGCAAGCGACUGCUUGACCUUACUUACAGGCGAGCUGGAGUCUACAGCCGACAUUCGUUUGCUGCUGAGUGAUGGCGAACACAAGUGUCACUCUUUCCUCGUCACUGCUCGCUCCGAAUUCUUCAUGGCAAUGUUUCAGGGCGCUUGGCUUCAUCAGAGACGUUCAGACUCGGAGGUGGACAUUGUCGACAUUGAUGUCAAGCACAUUAGCAAACGCACGAUGCAAUUUGUCAUGAACCAUAUUUAUGGCGAUGUCGAUGCGGCGCUGUUUGAUCAGGUCGAAGUGGAUCAGCUGGAUGACCUGCUGGAAAUUGUUCUUGCGGUUUUGGCCGCUGCAACGGAGUUGAUUCUGCCUCGCCUCAGAGAAGCCUGUCAGGCAGUCCUCGCCCGCUACGUGCAUCGCAAAAAUGUGUCUGCUCUUUUGCAUGAAGCCGAUAUCUACAAUGCUGAGGAGCUCAAAGAGGUGUGUCUCGAUUAUUGUGCUCGAAACUUGCAGCUUAUGUUGGAAAAUGGCUUAUUGAACAAUCUCACUCCCGCGCUGAUGCAUGAUCUGGAACUCUUGACUGCGCGCAGACAACUUGAGAAGCUGCCUGUCAGCAAGUCUGAGCGUCUCCUUUCCGAACUCAUACAGCGGCAUCCCGACGUUUUGGAUCUGUCUGAAAAGGCUCGAGCAAAGUAUUUGGCUGCACUGCUUUUGCCAGUCAAUCAAGCCCGGCUCAGCACUCUCAGACCUGGACCUCUUGAGUCAAGCCCGAUGCAAAGGCGUCCGUCGGAGAAGCUCAACAGAAGCGCUGCUCCAAGUCCACUGAUACCUGCUAUCAGACCUGCGGAUGAGUCAAUCUUUGCUAUGGAAGACUACGACUUGUCCGAGCUUGAUCAUCGCGCAUCGUCCAUGCGCCUUGAUGAUUCUCGAUUUCAAAUUGAGGCUAGACGACCAACAGACAAUACUGCGUCUAUCAAGACGCCACCUAGUCUGGGAGCUCCUAGUCCUGUGAAUGACACCAAGCUUGUGACUUCAGAAAGACGAGGCGCUAGUCAAUCGUCAGGCAAUGGAAUGCGACCGCAACCGUGGGCUAACAAGGCCCCGGGAUCGGCCGUUGAUCUUCGAAGCAUCAUGGCCAGUACACCGCCGCCAAGAGCCUCGGGUCCAGGCACGGCACCGAAAGCUGCCGAUUCAACAGUGAAGGUGUCGCAGAAAGAGCGGAAGAAACUUGCUUCGACGAAUCAAGGCACUCCAAUUCGAGCACUUCCUGUUGCAGAGUCGACGGCUGUCACAUCGCCUUGGUCAAUCGCCUCGCAUUCUGCUUUGCCUUCACUCUCGCUCGGCAAAACAAGGGACAAUGUUGCAUUCCCUUCUCUUUCAGGUGCGAGCAACAGUGUUGGCCGGAAGCUGUCAUCCAAAGCUACAAUUGUCGCGGAUUCUCCAUCUACAGGUUUGGUCUCGUCACCUUCGCCUCACGGUUCAUCUACGUGCAGCUUCGCCCCUUCCGGCAGACGGUCGUCAGCAACGUUGCCUGGACUCCAGUAUGGCAGUCCCGGCAGCUCAUCUGCUCCCUUUGCUAGAUCCCCCAUCUCGCCUACCAUUAGGGCGGCUGGGUCGUCGUCUCUUGCAGAGAUCAUUGCUCAAGAGAAUGGUCACAAGAUCAAGGUCGCUGAAUACCAAGCCAAGCGAAGUAUGAAAGACAUUCAGGAGCAGGAGGAACGUGAGGAGUUUGAACGUUGGUUCGCAGCUGAGAGUCUGCGUGUGCAGAAGGAGGAGCAAGCAGCCUUGGGACGUUCGAAGCCGACAGCAGAGGCGAACAAGCAAGCAAAAUCCAGGAAGAAGUACAAGAAGACUGUGCCUGCCAGCGGCGCCUCCGCACCGUCGAAUGGGGGAACAGACAAGAAGAAGGUGAUGCCUUCUCAGUCCAAGCCUGAUGUGGCAACCGCUUCCAGUCCUUCUUCUUCAACUGAGCCUGCUCGUGCGGCGAAGAGUCUCAAGCCUACAGCUGCUGCAUUCCACCCUCAAGGCCAUUGAGGAAAAUUAGUAAUAUAUAGACUUUUGUGUACUAUCUCUUCUGCUGCU